ACCCAUCCUUCACGAGAUUCACAUGAAAAUCCCGUUGAUGGUGCGCCGCCAUGACAGUUUCCAGUCCAUGCUUUUUUAUCAAAGGGUAAACACCUCAAGUUCUAUGAGUUGUCCAUCAAUAAAUUACUAAUAUUAUUUCAAUUCCAAAUAUUGUUGGUCGAUCAUGGGUAAGGACAAUGACUCGGAAAGUCCAAAGAAACGCAGAAAAUCAAUCAGCAGCAUUAGCAGUAGCAUCACAGGGAAAGAUAACGACAUGUAUAAAGCAAUAAUUACCUUUGAGGAACAAGAAGCCACUUCUCGUUCGCCAGAUCAAGACUCGGAGAAUUUUUUUGCAAGCUGCGACAUAAUACGCAAAUCGAUGGAAAAAAUAUCAAGAUUAAAAUCAACGGAUGUAGGGAGAAACAAAGAUGAGAUACGUGAAUUGAUGAUUGAUACAUCUCUUGCAUUCAUUGAGUUGAAAAAACUCAAUAGAAUGGAAAAAUUCAGAACAAAUUUUGCCAGGGAUUCAUUGACCUCGGCUAAAAUGGGAGUUGACAGUCGGCAUCUACAGCUGCAAAAUCUACUUUACGAAGUUAUGCAUUUGAAGAAGGAAGUUAUCAAGUGUUUGCAGUUCAAGUCUAAGGAUGAGUCAAUUGAACUUGUUUCAGAGAACAAGUUCUAUGAGGAGGCGCCGGAAAAUAUUUCGAGACUGGAAACAACAAAGUCAGAUCCACACCAGCUUCGUCUAGCCCGCUUGGAGUGGGAGUUGACUCAACGAAAGCAACUAUCCUCCCUCUGCGACGAGCUAUCAAAGAGCAAGAAGGCGGUGGCCGCUAGCAUCUCUACAAAGCAAUCCCGAUUGGACAAUCUUGUUCCUCAACUACGUUCCAUUCUCGAGGCAUCGAAACCUCUCCAAGAGAGCCUGGGACUCCCCUUGGAUAAAAUUCAUCAGGAGCACCAAAAAGCAUUUCUACUCCCGACUCCUCUCUACGUUCUCUACUUGAAGGCCACCGCCUAUAGAGAUGCAUAUGAUUGCCAGUUGAUAGUAUCGGUUGAGGGGGAUGAAGAUGAAGCAAAAAGGAUUAAUUCUCAAGAAGGAAUCAACGACUCAGACUCUGACCAAGCAGAAGAAGCCCUACCGGAGGAGGCACCAGUCCACAAAAAACGCCACCACAGACUCUCAAAAGAAGAGAGGAUGGAGGAGAAAAAGUGUAGAAUACUUCAGAGGCAUCCUCUCACUGUUCACUUAAACCUUACGAUAAAGAAUGAGAUAAAAAUGAGUCUCAAGUUUCUUUACAUGACUGUCUUGAAGAUCGUGACGGUCGAGUCUCACUUGACUGCUGAAGAGGUCGGACUCCUUGCUGGGGACAUGCUCAUAUCAGAGUCCGUCCUCAAGGAGCUUUAUCCCAAAGAUUUUGGCUUGGAGUCACCAAAUUCUGCCAAUUCUUAUCAGUUAUCCAGACAAAACUUGGGGCAUUUCGCUACUCUUGGAGUAGGCAUUCCGUACAAAUGGGCCCAGAGAAUGGCUGGGCUUCAGUUUGUUGACAAUGUUGUUGAGGAAAAGAGCAAAGUCGAUGUGAAAGUUGCUCAUGACAGCGUGGAAGAGGUCCUCAAAGAGGUGAAGAAGAGGGUGAAAACAAGGCUGGAGCUCUGCAAGGAAAUCAGAAUGUUGGAGGAGGGUAAUUUUCCGGUGUUCGGGAGGGAUGUGCCUAUGAAAAUUGCCACCGUCCUCGUAAGAUUCGCCUCCCUGAAACGAGGCCAGGAGAGGGGCGAGCUGGGGUAUGAGGCUGUACUCAGAAGGGGGAACAGUGAAUUGAUUGCACACAUAGUGAUAAAGCCAGACUAUCCGAAGGUUUCUCCAAUCUUUAGUAUUAAAAUCAACCCAUCUGUACCGUCAUCAGCGGAUAUAAUCAGAGAUAUGGAGCGUGAGAUAAAUGUUUUGUGGGAUAAACCAGUGCGUCUAUCUGCUCAAGUACAGAGACUUCGAGCUUGCUUCGAUAUUUACCUGGAGACGGAGGCUAUGGCACCCAAAGAGAAGGUUUUCUUUCAUCCAGUGAAGGGACGAACUCGAGCUAGACCGUACAAGUAUCUAUCAUUAGCAGGUGGAAUUUUCACACAACGCUGAAUCCUUUUCCUUACUCUAUUAUUAUUAUUAUUAUUAUUAUUAUUAUUAUUUUGUAAGAGGCCGAAUGAUUAACAGUGUCGAUUAAUAAAUAACAAAAUUUCUUCGAUUAUAA